CUCCACCGCCAUGCCGCACUGCUUUGUGGGCGGACCAGAUCCGGUCAUGCGAUUUUGAGGUAUCUUGCAUCGGUUUUCCCUGGAGUUGCUGACCACUGGUAUCCUGCUGACUUGUUCACCAGAGCCAAAAUUGAGUCAAUCUUGGAUUGGCAUCACUCAAAUUUGCGGCGUGGUGCAGCAACCCUUGUAAUGCACACUGCAUUGGCUCCCUUCCUUGGUCUUACGACAAGUCAUGAGGCUGUGAAACAAGCAGAGAAGCUUGUGAUGCAGUCACUGGGGGUGAUCGAAUCGGUAUGGCUGAAAGGCGAUGCCAAGUUCUUGCUAGGUAGCCCCCAGCCAUCGAUUGCAGAUCUGAGCCUUGUCUGUGAGAUAAUGCAGUUGGAGAUCUUUGGCGAUGAGGUCCGUGACCGAUUCCUGGGAGCUCAUGAGAGGAUCCUUGUCUGGAUGGACAAGGUGAAGAAAGCCACGAGCCCUCAUUUUGAGGAAGCCCACGAGCUCCUUUUCCAAGUGAAGAAGGCAUGCAUGGUGCAAGGCAGCAGCAGCAAGGCUUUUGAGCCGAGCACAAAGCUCAAAACAGCAUCAAAGCUCUGACGACCAAAGGCACAAUAAGCGACAGAGAGACAGACAGACAGAUCGAUCUUGUGAUAUAAUAUAAUAAAUGGGAACUAUUAUUAAUUACUGUUGGUAUUAAUUACACUUAUUCCAGAAGGCCACAAGUGCUUCGUUGCACUUAUUCCAGAAGGCCACGGUCGGGAACUACUUACUGUUCGUUCCAGCAUGCUAUAGUAAACAACUCUGCAACAACAACAUCCCCAAAAAAACAAGCAAACAACAAAAUUGGUAUCUAGUCUGUCUUGAAUCUGUGUGAAAUCCUCUCCAGGCCGUCCUUACACUCUUCCAUUGCCCUCUUCGACUUGUCUCCAAGGGUUGCACCAAACGCAGAUACGCUUCCCUUCACUUGUGCUGAUACCUCGUUUGCCCUGGAAGCAGCACAAGCCCCAAACUCGGUACACCACUGCCUUGCAUCUGCA